ACCGCCCCAGGGUGGGGAGCGCAGGCGAAGGACUGGCCUCGUUUCCUUCCCUUUCUCCUUUCCUCGCUGGGUUUUACCUCCCAGAGGCUGCAGGGUGCUGCAGAGGUGCCCGACGGCUGCUGCACUGGUGCCUUCCCUGGGACAGCGAUGGAGGCACAGCCGGUGGCUUCCUGGGGACCAGUGACAACCUGUGGCACCCCUGGUGUGUGCGCUCCCGGCAGACGUGGGUGGGUCCAGGUACAGUAGCAGGAGAGGACCCGCAGCACCUCAGCAUCCCCCUUCCCUCCGCCCAGCAGCCCAGACCCUCUCGGAGCCUUUCGGGGCCGUGGACUGCCCCGCCAGUGGCCGCUGACAUGGGGCUGCUGCUCCUCCUUCUGCCGGCGCUUUUCUACGCUGCUACGAAGCCUCCUCUGAUCCACUCCCGGCAGGAUGGGCACGCGUGUCCCUUGGGGCAGUUUCCCUGUGGCAACCUCUCCAUCUGCCUGCCCCAGGCCCUGCACUGCAACGGGGAGGAUGACUGCGGCAACGGAGCUGACGAGGAGCACUGCGUGGAUGACAGCGGCUGGCUGCAGGUCCUGGGUGACGUCCUGCCCGCCCGGAGCAUCCCAGAGCGGUGCCGGUGCCAGGGAGGGGCUGUGGACUGCACCGAGCAGGACCUUGCCACUGUCCCCUGGGUCUCCUCCAACGUGACCAGGCUGGACCUGAAGAAAAAUAGGAUCCGUUCUCUGGGGGACAAUCAGUUUGCCGGGUACCAGAGCCUGCAGAAGCUGAAUCCAGACUCUGCAGCUGGAUCUAACGCUUCGGCCAAGCCUGCCUGGGCAGGAUCAGAAGCGGGGGAAUGGGCUUUGGAGGGGGGCAGCCCCCCCCAGGGAUGGGUGUCCAGGGAAGCUGUCGGGGAGAAGGGGCAGAGCCCCCUCCCCGCCGGGGCAGCACCAGUGCUAAAUGCGGGGGGCUUCCCCCUGCCUCCCUGGUUCCCCUCCUCUCACUUCUCCCCUUCUCCCUCCAGGAUGGUGGACAACAACAGGAUUGCCACGAUCGUCCCCACAACGUUUGCAGGGUUGAGGUCUCUGUAUUUUCUGUACAUGCUGAACAACUCUCUGACUCGAAUCCCCAACGCCUCCCUCUGCACGGAGAUGGAGCUGGAAGGGAACGGGAUCCGGGUGCUGCACAGGGCUGUCUUCCAGGAGUGCCACGACUUCACGGUGCUCACCCCUGGGCGCGAGGUGCGGUGCCCUGAAGACCUCUCUCCUUCGCACAGCGACCUGUCAUCCAACAGCCUGGCCCUGCUCCCCUCCGCCCUGUUCGGUGGCCUGGCUCGGCUCCAGCAGCUGAAUAUUUCCUACAAUCCCUUGAAACGGCUCUUCCCCGGGCAGUUUGAGCGCCUGCCCCAGCUGCGCUCGCUGUCCCGGCCCCGGGGCUGCCGCCGGGAGGACCAAGCGCUGGCAUCGCCCCGUGCAGAUGGCCUGAUGGGCAUCUACCUCUUCAUCAUCGGAGCCUUCGACCUGAAGUACUCGGGCGAAUACAACAAGCACGCCCAGGGCUGGAUGGGCAGCCUGCAGUGCCAGCUGGCGGGCAGCCUGGCCAUGCUCUCCUCCGAGGUGUCCGUCCUGCUGCUCACCUACGUGACCCUGGAGAAGUACUCCUCCAUCGCUUUCCCGUUCAGCCACCACAGGGCGGGCAAGAAGCAGACCAUCUCGGUGCUAGUGGCCAUCUGGCUUCUGGGCUUCUCCCUCAGCAUCAUCCCCCUCUGGUGGAAGGAGUCCUUCGGGAACUACUAUGGGAGGAACGGGGUGUGCUUCCCGCUGCAGCCUGACCUGGGCGAGCGGCCCAGUGCCCGGGGCUACUCCGCCACCAUCUACCUGGGCUUGAAUCUCGCAGCCUUCAUCACCAUCGUCUUUGCUUACUCCGGCAUGUUCUACUCCAUCCACGUCACUGCGUCCAGAACAGCGGAGAGAGGCGUCUGCUCCCGGGAAGUCGCCAUCGCAAAGCGCUUCUUCUUCAUCGUCUUCACGGAUGCUCUCUGCUGGAUACCCAUCUUCCUCCUCAAGCUGCUCUCCCUGCUGCAGGUGGAAAUACCAGGCACCGUCACCUCUUGGGUGGUCAUCUUCAUCCUGCCCAUCAACAGCGCCCUGAACCCCAUCCUCUACACCAUCACCACCGCCUCCUUCCAGGAGAAGGUGAAGGGGGGGCUGCAGACCCAGCAGCCGGAGCUGCACGCUCUACCCUG